AUUUCCCCAAAUAAUCAUAUAGACACACCAUGGCCUUGAGACCAGCCUUAUUUAUCAUAUCAACAUCCCUUAUUGCUUGUUGUUACAACUCUCGUGACAGACCAUAUGAAAUUAAUGAUAAAUAAAUUGAAGAUUUGAAUGCUAAAUCUAAUUGAACUCUGAUGUUUAUGAUAUGCAUCAAACCACAACUUGCUGAAGGAAUCCAUUGAUGUAGUUAGCAAGUGCCAGUUAGUCUAGAAAAGGUCUUAUAAAUGUCGACAUGUGUAAAGAGAAGAAGUAGAUGGCAAGGAAGUAUAAUAAAGUUAAAAGUCUUCACAGCACUCUACUCAAGCUAUACUAGGUAUUUAACGGCUUAAAACUAAGUAUCAGUUGCAUAUAUUUUGUGUCAGUGUGAAGCUGGAAAUAUUUACCUCCUCUGAUAAGAAGGGAAGAAAUCAAGGAGGGAUGAUUCUGGCUCUUGCUAUUCUCAUUGUUGGCUUGCUGCUCCCUGAUGUGACUAGAUCAUGUUCCUGUAAUAACCGUCAGCCGUUUGACUUGUCAUCAAGGCUUCCUUGUGCUCACAUGAAUUCUGUCAUUAGUGGCAUUAGAGGGAAAAGUGUGUCUCAGUGCCAACCAGUUACUGUCACUACUCUUCUGCCUGGAAUCCAAACAUGUUCCCUCCCCUCUGCUUAUAACCCACAGAAUGAUCAGUCCCUCCUUCAUUCUCAAGGGAAUGGCUACAGGUUUCAUAGAAUAUUCCAACCUGGCUACCAUCUUGAUGAAUGCUAUGAUGGUAAUGUAUUUUGUGCUUAUAAUGUGCAGUGUUCUUCCAAUGAGGUAUUGUAUUAUCAUUUCUCAGCUCAUGACAUAGAAAACCCGACAUCAACUGGUCAAUGUCUUGAUAGCAUUAGCAUCAAUCGUCAAUCAUUUCCUAACCAGCCACAAUCAUCAUGUGGUCGUGUGGGUAUCAAUGGAGCAAGUUAUUCCACUUAUAAUGUUGUGCAGGAUGGCUAUGACAUAGGAAGUCUAGAUGCCACUUUUCGUUCAAAUAGUAAAUGCUCAGGAACAGGUUACUACUUAUGGGUCAAUUGCGUUAGAAAUGAUAAUCGUGGGAGGUGUCCUAAAGUAACUACUUCUGGUGUUGCAUAUAAGCGGACAGUUAGAGUUCCAUUGAAGAGCACAUUAAUUUAUUCAAACUAUAAGUUGAUACUGACCGGUUGCUUUGGUAAAAAGUUACUUGCAAAGAACAUAUACUCACUCAAAGUUGUGUAUGAUGGCAGUCCUAAAGUUUUUACCUUCAGGUCUUCUUAUAAAGCAAAAAAAUUCCAAGGAGAAGGUCUAUUGAAUGUACAUUAUUAUUGUCACAUGAGGGGCUAUAAGAAAUACUGUGUUGCUAAAUAUAAGUUCAUUGGAGUUCCAUAUAGACUUCGUUUGACAAGGUCUGAGUGAUUCAAUGUUACAAGACUCCUAAAAGCCACCAUGUACAGAUUUAACAGAAAGGGGGAUUAUUCAAUACCCAACAGAAACUGAACUGAUGUGGUCAAACCUUGGAAAAGAGGACUAAAUGAUGACAUAGCACCCAGUGAUAUUGAUACUGAGGGAUAUUAUAGAUAUAGUAGACCUAGAGCUAGGGACGUUAAUUUAAAAGCUUUGGCUUUUGAGCUUAGUCGUUCUUCUAAAGCAAUUGCUAGAUCUGUGGGCAGGUUUUAUCUUCAAGUACACCGAGGAUAAGUGGGGAAUGAUUGAAGACAUUUGUAUAAUUUUUUGUAACGAACCUUUGCUUUGUUUUUGUUUUUUGUCUUUGCCGCUAAUUUUCUUUUCUACCAAUAUUUUCUACUAAUUAA